AUGAUUAUAGUUUUAGUCAUAUUAGGCCUGAUAAUUUUUUUAAAUAUAUAAGGUCUAUUUCAAUUUUUGUAAAGAGAUGCUGAAGAAAAACUUAUCAUGAAUUUUAUAUAUGGAUAAACAAAUUCUUAUAUUUCAAUUUAUUCGAAGAAUUUGGAGUAUAAAAUACAUCAAGGAAUGUAUUCAAUAUAAAAUAUUAACACUUUGUUUUAGUUGAUUUAAAGAACAAAUAUAAGUUUUUCCAGGAAUUCUGAAAAAUGUUUGUAAGAAGAAUAUUUUCAAAAUAGUAUCAUUAAUUAUUGUUAAUACUGUUAUGGCAAUUUUAAUUGCUCUAAACAAAUUCAAAAUUAAUAUCUAUAGGAUUUUAGAAAGUUAUCUAACUUACUCACAACUACUAUACCUUAUUAAAUCGAACUUAAUAUAUAUUUUACAUCUAUAUCUAGUGACUGUUAUUUUUCUACUUGUCCAGGAUCAAAUUUCACUGGCUAUGUUCCUUCAUCUAGAAAAUGGUUUUAAAAUCAUUUGGAUUCAAUGAAUUCUUCUUAAUUCAUUAUAUCUGAACCUUAUGCAAAUUUUUUAGGUGGUGUUUACAUCUCUGGAACAACUACUAUCUACGAUUAAAAUAAUAGUGCUAUAGGAAUAGGAGCUAUUGAUCUUAAUUUUUCUUCUUUUUAUUAAUUUAGUUAUGAUGAUUUAGAUCUAUUAGUGAUAGAUAAAACAGGGAGAAUAUUAAUAGGUAGUUAUUAUACAGUAUAAACAACUGAUGUUUAUUUUCUAUAGAAUUAGUCUAUUUUUGGUUUUAAUGAAACAGAUGUGAAAUAGAUAAUGUAAUAAAAUUAAACACAAGAAAAUUGUCAACUUAAUAUACCUAAUACAAUUUGUUUAAUAAAUAAGAAUACUAAUGAAUUAUGGUAUAUAAGAUAGAAGUAAGUUACAAAUGACUACUUUAUUAUAUUGAAAUUUAAUUCAUAAGCUUACUCUAAUUAUAUAAAUCUUCUAAAAAAUAUGAUUCAUGAUAUGUAUUAAUAAUUGCUUGGUUAAUUAAUAAUUGGAAUAUUAUUUACAGCCUUUAUUAGUUUAUGUAUCCAUUUAAUAUCAUUUCUUUUACUUUAAAAACCUAUUGAUAAAUUAGUAAAUAGUUUUAAUAAAUAUUUACUUUAAGGAAAACAAAUAAAUUCUAUUUUAUUUAGUGAUGGUAGUUAAGAUUAAUUAGAUAGAUUAUCUGAUGCUUUUCUAAGAUUGACAAAUUAAUCUAAAUUUAAUUAGAAUGAUAGAUAAAAUACAAUAAAAUAAUAAUUAUAAGAAUCUAAUUAUCCAAUUAACUAUUAUGUGAAUUCCAAGAUUAUGAAUACAUAGAAUAGAAUUUCGAUAAAAGUAUAAUAUUUAAUAAUUUAAUCUAGAUAUUCGAAACUUAAAAAUAAAAACAUAAAUUAGUAUAAUAAUUUUUUGAUCUUUAUAGAUAAAAAAAUUAUAAAUUGGAUAAUUGA